UCCAAAAUCCUUAAACCCUCUCCCCCAAAUUACAUCCGCCUAAAUCAGAUAAGCCUGUGAAUUUCUCUCCUCCGCCAUGUCACUCCUUCUCCGCUCCCUUCCGGCGGUUGCCCUCCGCGCCAAAUUUUCAAUUCCGCCGCGUCUUCCUCUCCUCCUCCUCACCUUCCGCCGCCUUAAUUCGAAUCCACCUAAACUCCUCCACAAACGCGCCUUCUACUCCAUUUACGCUUCCGCUUCCCCUUCUGAAACCCUCAGCGUCCCCACUCCCAAGCAGCCAUUCCCUCCUUCUGCCGAAACCAAUGCCGACGAACUUGAGUGGGUGAAUCGAACCGCUCUUUGCGGCGAAUUGUCGGAACCGGACGUCGGCAAACGAGUACGCCUCUGCGGAUGGGUGGCCCUCCACCGCGUCCACGGCGGUCUGACGUUCCUUAGUCUCCGCGACCAUACCGGAAUUGUUCAGGUUACUACGCUUCCGGAUGAUUUUCCUGAGGCACAUUCGGUCGUGAAUGGCUUGAGGCUUGAGUAUGUAGUCGCAGUGGAAGGUGUCGUUCGGUCACGGCCGAUUGAGUCGAUUAAUAAGAAAAUGAAGACCGGAUUCGUAGAGGUCGCGGCGGAGCAUGUCCACGUUUUGAAUGCAGUGAGGUCUAAGUUGCCUUUUCUGAUUACUACUUCAGAUGAUGCUAAAGAUGCAACCAAAGAAGAAAUCAGAUUGAGAUAUCGAUGCCUUGACUUACGGCGUCCUCAGAUGAGUUCCAAUAUAAUGUUGCGGCAUAAAGUGGUGAAACUCAUUCGACGAUACCUUGAAGACCUUCAUGAUUUUGUGGAGAUUGAGACUCCAAUUCUAUCUAGAUCUACUCCAGAAGGUGCAAGGGAUUAUUUGGUGCCAUCAAGAAUUCAGCCUGGGGCAUUUUAUGCUUUGCCUCAAAGUCCACAGCUCUUCAAGCAGAUGCUUAUGGUCUCAGGCUUUGACAAAUACUAUCAAAUAGCAAGAUGUUUCAGAGAUGAAGAUCUAAGAGCGGAUAGACAGCCCGAAUUUACACAGCUGGACAUGGAAUUGGCAUUCACUCCUCUUGAGGACAUGCUGAAGCUCAAUGAAGAUUUGAUUAGAAAGGUUUUUCUUGAGAUCAAAGGAGUUGAACUACCAAACCCUUUUCCAAGACUAACAUAUGCUGAAGCUAUGAGCAGAUAUGGUUCAGACAGACCAGAUACGCGUUUUGAUCUUGAACUAAAAGAUGUAUCGGAUGUUUUCAGAAAUUCGUCCUUCAAGGUAUUUACAGACACCUUGUCAAGUGGUGGUAUUAUUAAAGCACUAUGUGUUCCUUCAGGAUCUCAGCACUACUCAAAUAGUGCUCUUAAAAAGGGUGAUAUUUACAAUGAAGCCAUCAAAUCUGGAGCGAAGGGUUUGCCUUUCUUAAAGGUCUCGAAUGAUGGCACUCUUGAAGGGAUUCCUGCACUAGUAUCAAGUUUAGACAGAAACGAGCAAAAUCAUUUUCUGAAAUUAUUAUCGGCUAGUUCCGGUGAUCUAAUAUUGUUUGCAGUGGGUAACGAAGCAUCUGUUAAUAAAGUUUUAGACAGGCUGAGAUUACACGUGGCACUUGAAUUGGGCUUGAUCGAUCCUUCAAGGAACUCGAUCCUAUGGGUUACUGAUUUUCCAAUGUUCGAGUGGAAUGAUUCUGAGGAAAGGUUUGAGGCCUUGCACCACCCUUUUACUGCCCCUCACCCCGAGGAUAUGAACGACCUUGCCUCUGCCCGUGCAUUAGCUUAUGACAUGGUUUACAAUGGCGUUGAGAUUGGUGGAGGAAGCUUGAGAAUUUACAAACGGGAAGUCCAAGAGAAGGUUUUGAAAAUAGUUGGCAUUUCUUCUGAACAGGCCGAGGCAAAGUUUGGGUAUCUUUUGGAGGCUCUCGACAUGGGUGCACCUCCGCAUGGAGGAAUUGCUUACGGGUUGGAUCGAUUAACGAUGCUAUUGGCCGGGGCUAAUUCAAUCAGAGAUGUUAUAGCUUUCCCGAAAACAACUACUGCCCAAUGUGCCCUUACUCGUUCCCCCUCCGAUGUGGACCCACAGCAACUCAAGGACCUCUCGCUUCAGACAACCUUAACUUCUUCAAAAUAAAAAUAAAUAAAUUAUUCGACUCUUCACAUUCAGGUUGGUGAUGGUGGUAUCAUGGAGUUCAUAAUAAUAAAAUUAUUAUUUUUUCGCUGUUAAGGAUUUCGAUUUUUUUCCCACAACCUGCUAAAUCUUGAAAUUAUGUGUUCUCGACAUUGGUUUUUGUAUACAAAUGAACGAACGAAUACUUAAACUUCAAGUGACACACGCAUCACAUGUACACUAGGGUUUUUUGUUUCUUGUUUCAAUGUGUAAUUUAAUGAGAAUUAGACCGAAUUUUAAUUUUAUUCGAAUCGUAUGUUUUCCUUUA